UCGCUUUCCUUCUCUUGUGUGUAUAAAGAGCCACACCACCAAACCAACGAGGCAACAACAACAACAACUCUUCUUCCCUUUCUCUCUCUUUCUCUUUCUCUCUCAUUCCCUCUCUUUUUCCAACUGUUUCAUGCAAAGCCAUUUCUAGGGUUUUUUUUCCAGUUCUCGCCAUUCACUCUUUCAAUUCCGUAAUCGCUGCAAAGGUACUUCGUCGCUAUGGCAUUCCAAGCCAAGAAGCUCAUCAACAAUCCCGAUGAUGUUGUGACUGAAUUCAUUGAAGGCCUUGUGGAGACGUACCCUGGUUUACAGUACUUAGAUGGAUUUCCUCAGGUGAAGGUUGUAUUACGUGCAGAUGUUUCAAGUGCAACAAAUGAUAAAGUUGCAGUCAUAUCAGGGGGAGGAAGUGGCCAUGAGCCUGCUCAUGCUGGAUAUGUAGGAGAAGGAAUGCUGACAGCAGCUAUCUGUGGAGAUGUCUUUGCUUCCCCACCAGUUGAUUCAAUUCUAGCUGGGAUACGAGCUGUAACUGGACCUAUGGGAUGUCUUCUGAUUGUGAAGAAUUACACUGGUGAUCGAUUGAACUUUGGUUUGGCUGCUGAGCAAGCAAAAGUUGAAGGUUAUAAAGUUGAGACUGUAAUUGUUGGUGAUGAUUGUGCACUACCACCGCCUCGAGGGAUUGCUGGGAGAAGGGGCUUGGCAGGGACUAUUUUGGUUCAUAAGGUUGCAGGGGCAGCAGCUGCUGCUGGCCUUCCUCUUGCUAAGGUUGCUGCAGAAGCAAAACAUGCCUCUGAAUUGGUGGGGACAAUGGGUGUUGGUUUAACUGUGUGCACACUUCCUGGUCAAGUUACAUCAGAUCGUUUGGGCCCAGGGAAGAUAGAACUGGGGCUUGGAAUUCAUGGAGAACCUGGUGCAGCUGUUGCUGAUCUUCAGCCAGUGGAUGUGGUGGUUUCUCAUGUUCUGAAUCAAAUAUUGUCCACGGAAACGAACUACGUUCCAAUAACUCGAGGUGGUAGAGUGAUCCUCAUGGUCAAUGGGCUUGGUGGCACCCCUUUGAUGGAGCUAAUGAUUGCAGCAGGAAAGGCAGUUCCAAGAUUGCAGCUAGAGCAUGGGCUGGCUGUUGACAGAGUUUACACAGGGACAUUCAUGACAUCCCUUGAUAUGGCAGGUUUCUCGAUAUCUAUCAUGAGGGCUGAUCCACCUAUUCUUGAGCGAUUAGAUGCCAGUACCAAAGCACCGUCUUGGCCUGUUGGAGUUGAUGGUGUUCACCCGCCUACUAAGAUUCCUAUUCCAGUCCCGCCAUCUCCAUCAGCAAAGGGCGAUGAGAGACGACCUCUGCAGCUAAGUGAGCAAGGCCAAGUCCUUGAGAUUGCCAUUGAAACCGCUGCAAAUGUUAUUCUAGAUCUUAAGGACAGCCUAAAUGAUUGGGACAGUAAAGUUGGUGAUGGUGACUGUGGAUCAACUAUGUAUAGAGGCGCAAAAGCCAUUCUGGAGGACAUCAAAAACUAUCCUCUGAACGAUGCUGCAGAAACUGUCAAUGAAAUUGGAUCAACAAUUCGAAGAGCCAUGGGAGGAACAAGUGGAAUCAUAUAUACAAUUUUCUGCAAGGCAGCAUAUACACAGCUGAAACCAAGCUCUGGUUCUGUUGUCACGCCAAAACAAUGGGCUGAGGCACUUGCGGCUUCCAUUGCUGCUGUUAGUAAAUAUGGGGGAUGUAUUGUUGCUUUAUAG